CACACACACGAUGGCGGAUCCGGAAUUGGAAGCACUGCGGCAGCGCCGGCUGGCUGAACUUCAAGCGCAGGGGGGAGGCCAGGGCCCAUCGCCCGAGGAGAUGCAGCGUCAGCGGCGCGAGCAAGAGCAGGCCAAGAACUCGAUGCUGGCCUCUAUUAUGGACCCCUCGGCUCGCUCUCGAUUGGCGAGCUUGCGUGCCGUCAAGCCUGAGAAUGCCGCCAUGGUGGAAAACUAUCUCAUUCAAGCAGCACAGCGUGGUCAACUCCACGGCAAAGUGGGAGAGGAAGACCUCAAGCACAUUUUGGCACAGGUAGCCGAGCGAACCGCUGCCAAAACCACCAUUAGCUUUAACCGUCGGCAGCUCGCGGGGUUUGAAGACGACGAUCAAGACUAUGGUCGAGGCCUGCGUCGUGGUGACGAUUCUGACUCGGAUUCAGACUGAAAGCACCUCUUGUUCUUCUUCUGCCUGACCGGCCCUGAUUUCUGUGCAUCUGGUCCAGGGCGGCGCAAAGAACCCAAAGUUGGCUCCUGGCCACCACUGGGUUGCGUGUCACUCGAGAGCGGCAUUUUUUGUGUCAUGGGUGCCGUUUUCUAAUCCCGUUGGGUUUCGCUCCAUGUUCCGAAAUUCCAACCUUUUCAACACAACUUGCCGAGAGAGCGAUGGGGUCUUUGUCAACCAAUUGGUCAUGGAAGAGGCAUCAAAACUCAAUUAAGCCGGUGCAAGACAAAUUCGGUAAAAUAGAACGUAGGCAGUAGCUUGGUGUUGCUGAUGGGGAAUUGACACCAUUUGCUC